CCCCAAAAACCCCAGUUCCCUCCGGGGGCUAUUGAUCUGCAUCGACGUUUCAGACAGGCUAAGCUUCACUAGACCAGCAACAAUCAUCCAAGGUCGUUCCCCGGCCUGACAUUGAGUCCAGAACGCUGCUUUCGGCCACGGUACCGACAGGCCUGCAUUUCAGCUCCCCACUCGCAACCGCUUUCGUCGCCCUCUUCCCGAAAACGGGGCGACAUGUCCCCUCCUCUCGGCGUAAAGUGGCCGGCUGAACCCCUCGCUCAUUCAUACUUGGGGCUGCUCAAAGCGCCAAGUUGACGUGCUGGCCCAUUCUGGGCUUAGCCCCGCCGCCCGGAGCCCGAAAGCGCGCCCAGCAUGGCAUCAGAUUCGGGCUCACUGGAACAGUGAAAAUCCUGGCCUUCGCCCUCCCCCUUCAUUCGUCCCUCUCGUCCCAAGCCCAUCGAUCCUGGUGGUGCGGUCUUGCGAGAAAUCGCCUCUGUGUCGCCCGUCAUGACGCUCCUCGGGCGUUUCUGGUCUUCGCUCACCCAAUUCCUCAGCAUUGCGACCCUUUCCCCGUUCGGCGACUAUGGCAACAAUGGCAAUCAGCAGGUUCCCAUUCUCGAUACAGAGAUUCCCGUCGGGGAAAGUUUUCCUCUCGGACCGGGACCCGUCUUCACUCCCCCGGGCCACCGUACUAACAAGGGCUACGGAUACGAUUUCAAGUGCAACUACUCCAGCAUGGUAGGGUGGGAGCCUUGCCACGAAACGAACAGCUCGUGCUGGCUGAGGAACACAAAGAAUGGCGAUGAGUUCAACAUCGACACCAACUAUGAGAACUUGGCUCCCCAGGGUGUUUUGCGCAAAUAUACCCUCGAGAUCGUCAACGGCUCCGUCAAUGCCGACGGAAUGAAUUUUGCAGAAGCCAAGCUAUUCAAACUCCCCGAGAAGGAACCACAGUAUCCCGGACCGUGGCUGCAAGCUUGUUGGGGGGACACAGUUCAGGUGACGGUGGUGAACAAGCUUCCCUAUAACGGGACAAGCAUCCACUGGCAUGGCAUUCGACAAAAUCAGACGAUGCACAUGGAUGGUGUCAACGGGAUCACACAGUGCCCGACUCGCCCCGGAGACUCGUUUGUUUACGAGUGGAAAGCGGUCCAGUACGGUUCGACCUGGUACCACUCGCAUUACUCAUUGCAAUACGCCGAUGGCCUGCUUGGCCCCAUGACUCUUCACGGCCCAACCUCUGACCAGUUCACCGAGGCCGCCGAUAUCCCGCUCUUGAUGACGGACUGGGCCCAUAACAGCGCUUUCGCGGCCAUAUAUCCGGUUGGGGCACAAAACCAGACCAUCCUGCUGAAUGGCCGUGGCAACAUCACCAAGCACUGGGGCACCCCUGCGCCUCUGGAUGUUCCAGCGCCCUACACACUACAUUUCGAUGGAACAAGUGGCGCCAAGGGAUACAAGAGAUACCUCCUCCGGUUGAUCAAUACCUCUUGGGACACCACAUUUGUCUUCUCCAUUGACAACCACGAGCUCACGAUUGUCGGGGCUGACUUCGUGCCUAUCCACCCGUACAAGAACACGUCGGUUCUGAUCGGCAUCGGCCAGCGCUACAACGUCAUUGUCGAGGCAAAGCCCAUUACAGAAAAGGGCAACGUCAUUCCAACCGACAAGAACUUUUGGAUGAGGACGUAUGUGGCACCGUGCUUUGGCGUUAACACUACUGUAUACGCCAGGGGCUACGAGACGACCGGAAUUUUGCGAUACGAUAGUACUAGCAAAGCACCCCCUACCUCCAAACCUUGGAGUCAGGUUUCUCUGAAGUGCUCCGACGAGACUUACAGCAGUCUAAAGCCCAUUCUUCCCUGGACGAUCGGGAACCCUUCCAACGCCGGGCAAGAGCACGAUGUGAUAGUCGAUGGCACAGCGAACCGCACCGAGCUUGGUCCUUUUGGUAUCUUUUCCAUGGAACCGACCACGUUCAACUCAAAGUUCCUUCCCCUCCGCAUUGACUUUGACAACCCGAUUUUCCUCCACUUGAACGAGACCAAGAAUUCCACGGAUAAAUGGCCGGAAAGGUGGAUCGUGGUCCCGGAGAGCUACGGAGAUGAGGACUGGGUAUACCUUGUCGUUGCCGGAAACCGGAAGAAGGAUUAUUCUGCGAGCGCCCACCCAAUGCAUCUCCACGGGCAUGACUUUGCCAUUCUCGAACAGGCCGAGAACAAGAGACUCGACUAUGGAAAUCUCGAUCUAAAAUUCGACAACCCACCGCGGCGCGAUGUGGUACUGCUCCCGGUCAAUGGCUACAUUGUCAUCGCAUUCAAGACAGACAACCCGGGCGCGUGGCUCAUGCAUUGCCACAUUGCGAAACAUGCAGCCAUGGGCCUAGCCUUGCAGAUUCUCGAGCGCCAGAAGGCAGCUGACCGCCUCUGGAAUACGACUUCACCCGCCUGGAUCUCGGCCAACGAUAAUUGCAAGAGAUGGAAAGAGUGGCAGUCUGACUGUGAUAACUGGUGGCCUGGCGACAAGGGAGGCUGUGAGAGGAAGGAACAUGAGGGGAUCUACGCAUUCCAAGAUGAUUCGGGGAUUUGAAGUCUUCUGUUUGGGGCUGUGUAGUAGUAUGUGUAAAUGGUUUGGUAAUUAUUGGCAAUUAUUGGAACCCCCGGUUGGUGACUAGGGGCAUUUGGUUCAUGUGUUGUCCUUGUCACAGAGUUAUCCAGUUUAAAACUACCUUUAUACUGUACUGAGGAGCAAAUCCUGAA